GCGGUGCUGCUGCUUCUAAAUGCAAAUUUAAAGAAGGUUCCUUGGAAAACAAAAAGUUCCGUCGGAUUUUGAGGUGUGUGCUCAGAGCGUCGUUGAAGAUUGUCAAAUUAAUAUGGCUGGGUCAGGGGGAGCAGCAGCGGCUGGGGCUUUGGAUCAUGCAGCGAGAACCAUGGCAAAAGUAGUGAUGGAGAUUGCGAACUCGCCCGACUUCGAUCGUGAACAAAUUCGCGGUGAAAAGCUGACGCUUUCGCAAGCGUACUGCUUGUUAUGGCAAAAUUCUGAAGAUGGCAAUGUGGGAGGAAGGAGAUUUGGCUUCGAGAGUAACAGUGGAGCGACUGCAGCAGUGAUUGUGGAUUUGAUUGCACUCGGUAAAGUGGAAAUUGAAAUCGAACCUAACACAACUAUGGGCGUGAAAAACGACCAUUACCGUCUGAAGGUGGUUGAUGAAAAACCAACUGGUACAUAUCUUGAUGAGGCUCUCUUUAAUGGGAUCUUGAAACAUCAUGAAAAACACCCAGACAAGCCAGAGAAAGUGAAGUCUGUGAUUUUUGAUGAUAUAAGUCAACUUAGAUCAAAGAAUUACUGCUCUACCAUUACACUGGACAGUUUGGUGGAGUUGGGAAUUCUUGAAAUGAAAGAAAAGAUGAUGGGCCGUAAAUACCCAACAGUAAACAAAGGACCUGAAGAAAGUUUAGAAAAACAGAUUCGUGAGGUUGUUUUGCAAGAUAUGAAACCAAGUAGCUACAUCCGGGUGCUGCUGGUCUUGGCACGACAUGCAGACAACUUAAUGUGUCUUGAAGAUCCCGUGUUGAAAAAACACUUUUCCAAGGAAGAGUAUGGAAAGGCAAAAGAAAAAAUUAACCAGUUGGUGGGGCUUUAAAUCAAGCAAAGAGAAGAAAUAAAAGGUUUUCCACUAAAUUGGAGAAAUGGACUUUUAAAUAAUUACUCUCAUCUAGAGCUUGUCUUUCAUUAUAAGUGUGUCACUGUUGUUAAAUUUAGAAGAUAGACGACAUUAAAGUUUGUUUCACUAAAAGUUGCUCUUUACACCUUGGAACAUUUAGUUCAGGUCAUUGUCAAGUUUUCUUCAAUCUACUGGCUGCAGUCAAACCUCCCUUAUGCUGCGCUCUCCACAAAAUGGUCACUUUGAAAAUCUCAUAAUUCUCUUUUCAUUUAAGAAUUAAAUCUCUUUUCCUUUUGUGGUUCUGUCAGCUCUCGCUGGCACUAGAAAAGCAAGUAAUUUACUUUACCAGCCCGUAGUUUAACAGAGUUUUGACUGUUGUCAGUUUACUGUUUAAUAAUGUUUGAAAACUCUGGUAUCUCUCCAGUUUGUUUUUUUGGGGAAGACCUAUCAGAGUCAUGAGUGUCAAUUAAAUACCUGUCAUGUUUUGAUAGAACCCAGGAAUAAAGUAACUUAAAGUUAGCUAAGAUCUUUAUAGAGUCCUGAUAAUUCCAUGUCAAAUCUUUGUUAAUUCAAUGUUAUAUUCUCAUCUGGAUGAAACAACCUAUUAAAGGCUAAGGAGAAACGACCAUUUUCGUUUCAAAUUUUCAUUAAGGAAUCAUUGAGUUGAAACAAAAAGUUAACCGUGAAUUGAAACCUGUCGAAGAAUUUGUGCAAAGCAGAAUUAGAAACAUCUUAAAAGUAACUGAAUUUAGGAUAAAAUAAAAAUAAAAAUGAAGUACUCAACUCUGUGUUCAUCACAGUUAUAUUAUAGGGGACACAAUUUAGAAAAUAGCAAAAUUACAUGCCUUAGAAAUGUUGUUUUGUAUCUCAUACUUUUGUCUUCACAAGGAAGUUCACAUAAUGAUGUUGGCUGUCCGCAAACGGAGGCUCAUACCCUAGAAAGAAAGACAGAUAGAUGGAGUCCACAUUUAAAAAUCAUUGUGCUAGCAAAGGUGAAAAAAAAUAGAACUUAGAACUGUUUACAGGAUAAGUCAUCCACGAUCUUGAGGUUUAAAUGUUAAGAACUCAGCCUGAAAUGUUAAACUCUCUUCAACCUUUGAAGUUGAUUUAAUCUUUGCAUAGCAGAUGGCUGUUUUCAUUACAAGUAGUGAGUUACGGUCGUUUUGCCUAGUCUAGAGUCGAUUCGCCUACGUCCAAUGUGUUAGUUCGCUACGUUUAAACUCCGUACUAUAACAAUCAUUGUAUAAAACAGUUGAUUCAAUUGAAAAAAAAAUUGAUGAUAUUCGAAAACUAUCGCAUGAAAAUUUGAUAAAUGUUAAUUGUGUUCAUCUCAUCGUGCUUUGAAAUAAGAGACAAAUUGAUUUGGCCCUUUUUGGAAUAUUGGAUAAAUGUUGUGAUGCACGAUGAUAAUUCUGCACAAUGCGCGUUCAUUUCGCGACAUUUUAGAGUAAAUACGUUAUAUUUUGCGUUUCAUAAUAUGUACUA